AAUGCAAUAUGCUAAUGUGGAUACUUUACACCACCAUAUCACCUCUCGAUGCAAAUGUCGACUACCAUCUUUUCUAACCUUUUCUCAAAUGGCUGGGAAAAAAAAAUCUCUACAAAGCAAGCUAGCGAAUUUUGAAAAAAAGAAAAAAGCAGAAUGCACACCUAUUAGUAAUGAGGCUCAUAAAAGUGUCAAACUCGGUGUAAAUUGCGGUGUAGGUCGUGGACGUAAAGCUGUGAUUCGAAAGCGACGCCAAAGAAUCCUCAAAGAAAACAUUCGAAGGAACAAUCUUCAGCAAAAGAGUGGAGCAGAGUUUACUUCCACACAACAUCCAAAAUAUGAGCCCCCAGUCCUCCGUAGUCAUACUAGUUCACUCAAGGAGAGUGAAGAGAAUGAUCAUGUCAUUGUCAAUUUAAAAAUGCUUUGUGAUGGUCUCCGAUGCUGCUCCACUUGUGAAAAGGGACCCCUCUCGUUAGACAACAUCAUAGAGGAGCCAAGAAAACAAGGUCUGGGAAUAACUCUCAAGAUCAAUUGCACAAAUUGUAGCACUGAGAAUAUAAUACGGCCCAAUACUAUACACAGGGUUGGUUCACGUGGUCCUCCAAUUAUUGAUGCCAAUACUAGACUAAGUUUAGCCAUGCUGCACAAUGGUAUAGGACCCACACAUGCCAAAGCUACGUUGUCUAUUCUGGGAGUUUCUCCGCCCGAUACAAAAACAAUCAAGAAAAGAGAGAGGGAAGUAGGGACUGUUCUUGAAAAUGCUGCUAAAAAGAGCUGUCUCGAUUAUCUCGAGGAAGAAAAGAAAUCAUCUAUUGAACAAGGUGCAAAUGUGUCUGAUGAUGAUUUACUGCCAAUAUCCGGAUCUUUUGAUGGCGCAUGGUCCAAGAGGGCGAAGUCUCGAGACUCUCAUACUGGAUUUGCUACUGUAAUCGGCGAAAAUACUAAAAAAGUAAUAGCGUAUGGUUCACGAUCUACAAUUUGCCGGACCUGUCAAGUGGCUGAACGUUUGGACCGACCACCAACGCCACAUGACUGUCGCAAAAAUCACGAAGGAUCAGCCAAAUCCAUGGAGCCAGAAAUUGCGGUUGAUCUGUUUAGCAGCAUACCAAGCCAUGACGCGAAACUUGCUCACUUNUUGCCAUUAUCGGCGACGUUUUGUCGAGGACGUGAAAGUUGUUGUUUUGACGUCGCGGACGCGCGCUCUCGACAACAAGACGCGGGAAAAUCUUCUCGUUCCAAWCUCUUUGGCCGCGCGCGGCGUCCUGGAUGA